CAAACGGGGCUCCAGUUGUGACCGACGCUUGUGAAUGGUGGCUGCACUCCUGCUGCUUCCAGCGUCAAGCGUGGACGUCAAUCGACGACGACGACGACGACGCAAGCGAGGCGAGUAAGCGAGAUAGCGCGCGUGUGUGUGUGCGAGUGUCUGUCUGUCUGUUUCGUUUGGAUGGUAAGCAGAGGUCGAUAAGCAUUGAGCGCAGCAAUUGAGCCAAUACUGGCCGAGCCCAUUGAGCAACCGCAGUCGCAGUAAAGCGUUGUUCCUGGUGCCAACUCGCUGGCGCUCACGGCACGGCCUCCAUUCCACGGAACCACCACAGUCCAGCAGCGGCCUCCCCAAGGCGGCCCAGACCAGGAAUUCAGCAAUAGAUAAGCUCAAGUUUCCCACGCAUAGUGACGCCUGCUACUAGACGCCGAAUCAUGCGUACCUUCAAGCUGGCAAUGGCCACCCUGUGUGGUGGUGGUGGUGUGCGGAGUGAUCGCCGGCUCACCGUCGACCUGCUGGCCAUCCUGUUCGGUAUCGGUUCGUGGCUCGGCGUCAACUCGGUGUACGUGCAGCUGCCGCUGCUGGUGCAGCGGGCCCCCGAAGGCUGGAAUUUGCCCUCCUUCCUGGUCGUCACGAUCCAGCUCGGCAACAUUGGCCCGCUGCUGUACACGGUGGCCGCCCGGGCCUGGCCGAAGGUGUUCCGGGAUGCGUACCUCAUCCGUGCGCUGCUGCUGCUCGGUUCGGCCGCGGCCCUCGCGACCGCCUUCGCCUACGACCGGACGCUGUACGUGUUCGGGGCCGACCGCUCGGUACCGCUCUUCAUCACCGUGUUCGUGGUGGCGCUGGUCGGUUGCACCAGCUCGGUGCUGUUCAUGCCGUACAUGGGCCGCUUCCGGGACGUCUACCUGAUCACCUACCUGAUCGGCGAGGGUUUCAGCGGUUUCGUGCCGAGUAUCGUCGCGCUGGUACAGGGUGUCGGCGGUAACGCCGAGUGCCGCCUACUACUCAAUGACACCGACAGCACCGGUACCGACGGCACCGGUACCUAUGAAGCCUACACACCGCCGCCCCGCUUCGGCACCAACGUCUACUUCCUCAUCUCGUCCGCCAUUCUGCUGGUCAGCUUCGUCGCGUUCCUGCUGCUCGACCGGUUGCCCCUGUGCGUGGCCGAACAUGCCGCCGUCACGAUCGCCAACGGUAACCACUACACGUACGAAGCAUCGUCGCCCCCAAAGACGACCAAGAGCCACCAGACCGACGAGACGACCGCUGGCCAGCCAAAGCUGGCGAUGCUGGCGAUACCGGAACAGGAACAGGAGUCGCAACACCGGAAUCGGAACCGGAAUCGGCGCUCGUCCUCCUACUGGCUGCUGCUGACGCUCAUCGGCAUCAUGUGUCUGUUCGGGAACGGUUUCUUCCCCAGCAUCCAGUCGUACUCCUGUCUGCCGUACGGCAACGUGGCCUACCAUCUGGCCGUCACGCUCAGCAGCAUGGCCAACCCGGCCGCCUGCUUCCUUGCCUUCUUCGUCCGCCGGAAUACGGUCCGGUUGAACGUGCUGCUGGUCGCGCUGUUCGUGCCGUUCGCGGCGUACGCGAUGGCGACCGCCCUGACCAGCCCGGCACCGCCGCUCAUGCACCAGACCGUCGGUUCCGUGCUGGUGGUCGCCUGCUGGACCGUGCUGAUCGGGCUGGUCAGCUACGUGCGGCUGGCGAUCACGACGCUGUUGCGGCGCGAGGGCGGCCAAACGCUCGUCUGGGUCGGUGUCGCGUCCCAGCUCGGUUCCCUCGCCGGUUCGCUGCUCUCGUUCGGGCUCGUCAACUAUACCGGUGCGUUCGAGCAGUACUAUCCCUGCUGAGCCACGCACCAGCAUCCUGGGCUAGAGGUUAAGAGGUUGUCACAAAAAACAGAAAACAACAAACCACAACCAGCGCCUUCUAGAAUGUACUCGAUCAGCCUCCUACUGUGUAGGAGAAAUGCACGGGCUGCGAGAGGGGGGGGGGGGGGGAAUGCGGUGGAGGAGGGUGCUGACGCAACCUCCAAAUUACGACCAGCACGUGGCGUGUUAUCAUGAGACGAUGUUCCCGGUUACGGGCUGCCAAUCUUCAAUUGUAUGAACCACAAGAUGCGGCCCCCCCUCUUCUGUCCCUUCUUCUGUUCCCUCCCACCCUCCCCUAGCCGAAUCGAAAAAGGGGGCACAAAAAGUAAUGUAGUAAUAAAGGAAGGACUACCCCCCCCGGUCUCGGUCUGCCUACUUAUCGGACCACAAGACGCUAUGCUAAUUUACGAAAUUCUUCUUCUUCUUCGUUCCUUCUUUCUGUUUCGUACAAACAAUUAAUUUUUAUUGCACAUUUUUUGUUGCAUCGUUUUCUUUUUUGCACAUUACAAAGCGCAUAGAAAACGGAACAGGAAAUUCGAUUAUCAGCAGCGUGCUGUCGCUAGGAGCGCCCAAAAAAAGAAGGGGGGGGG